CGGGCACCUGCUAGCCCUAACGACAGCAUUUGAACCUAGUUUUGCAUACACAUGUAUAGGAAUCUCUCUGUUUCAGCAUAGAAGCAUCAUGUCGGGAGAAACAAAAAAGAUCGAUGGCCAUUCUCCAGUGAACAAGUAUGACCUCCUGGGUUUGGAGCAUCCGUCACUGACGGAGGAGCGGAUGAUCCUGGCCUUCCAAGCUCUUGAUGAACUCGUGCCACAACUUGGUGUCUUCACAAGGAUCUUCCGCAAACUACGAGAUGAUUUCUUUGAGGCAGUGUACAGUGAGGAGUUGACAGGUAGUUCUGAGAAGGAUGAUAACGAUGAAGAUGCACGGUACAUCCAGCGUAUCCCCUACUUCCUCCUGGUACAUAGGGUGUAUAAGGAGAGACAUGCACAGGGCGAGGAGCUCAAGGAACAGCUAGAUGUUGUAAAGGAAAGACUGUUCAGCAAACACCAGCAGCUGGAGGAGAGCCUGUCGAUGGUCACAGAGCUGCAGACCGGGGUGGACGACCUCACAGCCAAGAUAUCAGACCUUGAGAACACUGUUGCAGAGAAAAAUAUUGAAAUUGUCAGUCUGGAGCAGACGUUGGACACCACUCGAUUGGCAGCAGACCUCAUGCAGGAGAGACUGGAGGCAGACAUACACCAUCUGGAGGAGGUGCUUAAUGAGGCCAAGAAAGAGACGGAGUAUCUGUUUAAGUUCAAGAAGGGCUAUGAUGACCUGUAUGAUGCAUUCCUUGAGAAGACUGAUGAGGAAGAAGAUGAUUCCAAGACAAAGAAGCGAGCAGUCAUCUCCACCAAGAGAGCCAACCUGAUCAGCCAGAUCGAGUGCUGCAGUAAACUUGAACAACAGCUUCUCACUGUCCUCAACACAUCCAUGGAGGAGUAUGACCACUUCCUGGAGGAACACAAGGAGGAGCUGGAGACCAAGGUGACCACAGAGGACAUGACGGAGGCCGAGUUUGAGAUACAGGAGAUGGAGAUAGAGGAUGCCGACCAGCAGCUCCAGGCAGUUCAGGAACGUUUCCAGGUGACAAUAGGUGAGAUGAUGACAGAGCUUGGGUUGCUACGGCAACACAACACAAUGUUGAUGGAGCAGUUGCAGACACUGGAGGAGAACAUGCCGCCAUUGCCAACCAAGAAAGAGCACAAGUCAAACAGACUGGGAAUUGAGACAGGCACAAAGAGUAGAACAGACUCCAUCCUGUCUGCGGGUCUGGGGCAGGGUGAGAUGGACGAGACCAUGACAGACCCGUUCAUCCCCCAGGAGCGCGUGUUCAGCAAGUAUGCUGCCAUGAUCUACACGUCUAACAACACAGGGAAGACUUUUGAAGAGUUCAAAGAUGCUAAAUAUUGCCCUAGCUGUGGAGAAAAGACUGUUGUGUGUCCGCACCGACUCGGGGGAUCAGAGAAAAUCUUCAUCCUACCUCACAACUGCACACAUAUUAAGAUUACUCGGCCCAAAGUCCGCAUCAACAGAGAUCUGGUGGAGAGUAUCAUGAAGCCACCGACUCCCGACACUGCCUUCGACAUGAUCCCCAGCUCUGUAUCCCAGCACCAGGACUCCUUGACCACGCCCACUGGCCCCCUCACCCCAGGGCUGUCUCGAGGGGGGACAAGCAUGGCUGGAGGGGAGGGAAAUAUUGUGAACACAAUGCAGGCUGUGUGGGACGACUUCCGUCAGAGGACCAACGUGGACAGGACAGUCACCAGACCACUGGAUCUUCCCCGCACGGUGUCGGUGAUGGAGCAGUUCCUGGCGUUCAUCAUGUGGCAGGAUGACUACGGGGAGGAGGAGGAUGGGUACCACUCAGUACUGGACAACCUGUACCGGUUCCUGACAGAGCGCUACCUGGUGGAGGAGGUUGUGUACCUGGCCGCCCAUGACUUCCUGUCUGCCAUCACGGAGUACUCGCCCACCAACAAGUUUCUUCAGCUUCUUGGCACUGUCCUCAGUGGCAACUUGGAUGCUUCAUGUCUACGGUAUGUCCUGCUCAUGUGCGACUACAUCAACAUCGUGGACUGGAAGGAGGUUGAAGACUUUCGGGCAUUCGCAUCAGCCGUCUACCCCUUCCUCGGGGAGGACGACCUCGAGACGCUACAGAUGAGCUACCAGUCGUUCAGUGAGAACAGGAUCUCUGCUCACAAUGUCUCCACCUUCAUCAUCCACAUCAUCCUGAAGUACCGUGAGCCCCGCUUCCUCGAGCUGGAGAAUCAGCUCCUGCCCUUCCAAUCCCUUGAGGGGGGUCACCUGACAGGGAAAGAGUUCAAGGAUGCCCUGGAGAACAUCCUACCUCUGGUGAAUGACCGUCUGCGUAAACGUCUCUUCCAGGAGGCAGAGCACACCGUCUUGAGGAGGAAGGACACUGUGGCAGUCUCCAUCAUGAGGCUGGCUCAAAUCUCCGGCUACCUUGUUUUGUGCCAAAUUACUCCAAUCAUCCGGGAAAACAUUGUGAAGUGUGUAGCACAUUGGCGGGAGAGGCCAUCAAGUGCUGGAUCAGUCAAGCAGGCCUCCGACACUCCCUCCUCUGUGUCUGAUCACCAGGCUCUGUGCAUGGCCAACGUAAAGAAUCUUGCGUCCAAUGUUUCCCGACGCACAAAACAUAGGCAUCAGCGUCUCAUGACAGAAGACCAUUCAGAGGACUUUGGGGAAGACUGGUGAUCUGGAAUACAUUCCUAGAACCUCAACCUGAAUUUGCGCCUGUUUGAGCUGCUGUCAGCUACUCUACUGACAAUAUCCUAUCCAGUUGCAUGUACAUUGAUGGCAUGUGUGCAAUUGACAGGUCAGCGUGAUUGUUUCUCACUGUUGUGUAUGCUGAAUAUUGCACUGAAGUCACCAAAAUUCAGUGGGAUCAAACUAUAAUAUAAUAGAAUCAAUGAACAAAACUGUUCAGAGUAGGAAAAAUUGCUGUAUGUUUGCAUGUGCUCGGCGAUACAUCUAUCGCGUGUGUGGAUUGUCUCCCUUUAUCACCAAUGCCAAAUAUAUUGAUACUUUACUACAUUUGUAAAUAAAUAUUACUACAUCUCCA